AUGGAUCUUCAGACCUUGGCCGCGUCCGUUACGGCGAGCGUGUCAUCAAGACUCGUUGUAUUCCCACUCGAUACAAUCGCCAUUCAGCGACAAACAGCCAUGCGACGGCCUUUAUUCCCAGCAGACCAAACGCUCUUGCGGUCCUUUCGCAACUUGUAUCGUGGGUUGAGUGUGAGUUUGAUAUUAACAACACCGGCCGUCGCAUUGUACCUAUGCACAUACCGGCAACUCAAGCAAAUGCUCAUACCGACACUCGGUGAAGGUAAUAUGAAUUAUAUCGUCAGCGGAACAGGUGCAGAGAUUGUAUCGAGUUUCUUAUGGACGCCGUUGGAAGUAUUGAAGGCAAGGCUACAAAUCUCCGGUGCACCCGUCGCUGGCCUUGCAUCGAGUAAUACAACGCUCAUGGGACAAUUACGGUUGAUUGCUCGAGAUGAGGGGAUGCGUGGCUUUUACCGUGGCUAUCUCGUUGGUUUGGGUAUCUUUAUCCCCUACAAUGCCGUUUACUGGGUGGUUUAUGAGAACAGUAAAAGGCUGGCCAGGCGUUCCAUGUAUUUCCAAGAACCAUUUGCACAAGCUGCCUUGGCGAGUGGUGUUGCAACGAGUGUCUCCACCUUACUCGCGCAUCCACUCGAUCUCAUCAAGACGCGCUAUCAAGUGAGUAUGAGUGAUGCCGUUCAACAAACAGCAACACAGCAACAAACGCGUAAAAGCGAUCGCUUGGGUGUUCGCCAAGUCUUGCGGAAUGUCAUGCAGGAGUCUGGCUGGCGUGGGUUAUAUGCGGGUCUUGGGCCACGCUUGUUUUGCAGUAUACCGAGCAGUGUGCUGAGUAUGUCGGUAUUUGAAUUCUUUGCCAAUGCGAUAUAG